AUGAGCGCAUUUGGUUCUGGUGAUAAUCUUUUCGACGAUGUCGAUGUCGACCAGUUAGUCGCCAGCCAACCGCUCGCUUCCACCGGCAACUUGAAGCGGACAUGCGACCACGAAACCGAGGUUAACAGCCGCGGCAACCAGCGCAAAAAACAACGGAACAAUAGCGGCGGUAUCAUCGACGAGAAUCCCGUUCCCGAUGAUGGCGUCUUGAAAGAAUUGCAACCCGAGAAUGUAGCUCAGAUGGAGGUCGCCCAGAAGUUGCUGACAGAGACAUUCGGGUAUUCAUCAUUUCGUCACGAGCAAGCGGGCGCCAUCGGACGGAUCCUCGCUGGCGGGAACGUCCUGACCGUGUUCCCAACCGGCGCGGGGAAAUCCCUCUGUUAUCAGAUCCCGGCCACUGCCUUCCCGCAGUUGGAUUUGCAGGAUGCUUCGAGAACACCCGGCGAGCAUGGUAUUACCAUUGUUGUCUCGCCGCUCAUCGCCCUGAUGAAGGAUCAAGUUGAUGCCCUCAAGAGAAAGAAGGUGGCUGCCGAUUGCAUCGACUCGACAAAAACGUGGGAACAACUACAGCAGACCUACGCCGCCCUGCGAGAAGGGAAACUGCGUAUUCUGUACUGCGCCCCAGAGAGACUGAACAACGAAGGCUUCGUUGCCAUGAUGCGCCACGUCAGGGGCGGUGUGCGCCUCUUGGCCGUCGACGAGGCCCACUGCAUCUCGGAAUGGGGACACUCGUUCAGGCCCGAGUAUCUCAAAGUCGCCCGCUUCGCCGACGAGAUCGCGGCCGAAAGGGUCAUUUGUCUUACGGCAACGGCCACUCCCAAGGUCGUCGACGAUAUUUGCAGCGCCUUCAAAAUCCCGACAGAAGGCGUGUUUCGCACAUCUGCCUAUCGGCCGAACUUAAACCUCCACGCUCGGGCUGUGAAGACCAAGCAUGACAAGUAUCCGCUCCUUUUCCAGUUCUUGAACGAGAACCCAGGACCAACACUGGUCUACGUCACUCUCCAGCAACAGUCAGUCCUGCUAGCGGCCGAUCUGCGAGAGCACGGGUUUGAUGCCGAGGCAUUCCAUGCCGGCAUGAAGGUGGAUGAAAAGAGCGAAAUCCAGGACAGCUUCUUGGCCAACGACAUUCGUAUCGUCGUGGCGACGAUUGCCUUUGGCAUGGGCAUCGACAAGCCCGACAUCCGCAACGUCGUCCACUUCGAUCUCUCGAGCACCGUUGAAGAGUACUGCCAGCAGGUCGGCCGCGCCGGGCGGGACGGGAAGACCGCCAACUGCAUGUUCUACAUCUGCCCAGACGACCGGUACAUCCGCGAGAACUUUGCGCGGGGCGACCUCCCCUCGCGCAAAUCCCUCAAGGGGCUGCUCAUUGACAUCCUUGGCAAAAACGCCGCUAAACCUGUGGGCGACACCUUCAAGACGAGCCACUACGCGCAAUCGCGAGAUUAUGACAUUCGCAUGAGUCCUCUGGUCAUCAUCUACGCAGCGCUGGAGUUGCGCUUCGGGCUAAUUCGCGCCGUCACCCCGGAGUACAGCGAAUACAAGUUCGUCGCCACUCCAGGGUACUUCACGCGGAUGAAAACGGACCGCUCCCCAGCCAGCAGAGCCAUCUCCACCAACGCCUUCAAGAAGGCCAAAUUCCACCACGUCGACCUCACCACCAUCAUGUCCCGCACGGGCCUCCCCCGUAUCGACCUUGUCCGCACGCUCAACGAACUGCACGAAACAGGCCUCAUCGAGCUCAAGGCCGGCGGGAUCGAGCAAAAAUACCGCAUCGUCCAACCCCUCCCUCGCAAGGGCAGCCCUGCCUUCGCCACCCUCCUCGACGACCUGCACGCCGACCUGCACGCCGACCUCUCCCGCCGCGAGGCCGACGCCCUGUGCCGCACCCAGCAGGUCGAGGACCUGGUCACGGGCGACCGGUGCCUGGCGCUGGCGCUGGCCCAGCACUUUGGCAUGGGCUUGCCGGGUGGGAAGAGCAAGUGCGGACAUUGCACGCAUUGUCUGACGGGGAGGCGGGUUGUGAUGCCGCCGAAACGGCUGAGAAAGCCGGAUCUCGCGGGGAUUGGGAGGAUCUUGGCCGCGUGUGAUGUUAGGGAUGAUCCGAGGUUUUUGGCGAGGAUCGCGUUUGGUAUCAAGAGCCCGAGGGUGAUCCAGUUGAAGAUGCAUAAACAUCCGGUGUUUAUGACGCUGGCCGAUCAUGAUUUUGAGGAAUUUGAAAAGGCGUGUGAGGGAACUGCCGAGUGA